AUGAAGCUAUCAUUAAACAAAAAUCGCGAGGAAGGACACGAACAUCUAUAUUGUGAUUACUUUGCAGAUAAUUGUGUAUACGGGUCGAAGGACUUCAAAAGAAGAUUUCUUUUGAGUAGGAAUGUAUUCCUACGGAUCGUCAACGCCUUGGAAAGCCGGUAUGAAUUUUUUCAAUUGAGAUAUGAUGUUAGAGGUAGACGAGGGUUUACAACGUUGCAUAAAUGUGCUGCGAACAUUCGUUUGAUGGCUAUGGGGGAGUCACCCGACACCAUGGACGACUAUAUGAGAAUGUCUGAAAGAACUGCAACGGAGAGUUUGUAUACAUUGUCAAGGGUUGUUGUUGAAACAUUUGGAGACGUAUAUUUGCGGAAACCUUCGUUGCAUGAUUUCCAAGAAUUGUAUGUGGCGCAUGAAGAACGCCAUAGGUUUCUCGGAAUGAUCGGAAGCAUUUACUGCACGCACUAG